CCGAAGGAAGUGACGUAAGCGGAAGUAAGAGACAGGUCCAUAAAAAACGAAUCUAACCCGUUCUCUGGGACUAGCGUGACGAGUAGGAGGUAAAGAUGUCGGAGCGGAAAGUUUUAAACAAAUACUACCCACCUGACUUUGACCCGUCAAAGAUCCCCAAACUCAAGCUCCCCAAGGACCGGCAGUACGUGGUGCGGUUGAUGGCCCCGUUCAACAUGAGGUGCAAGACCUGCGGAGAGUACAUCUACAAGGGGAAGAAGUUCAACGCCCGCAAGGAGACGGUGCAGAACGAGGUCUACCUGGGCCUGCCCAUCUUCCGGUUCUACAUCAAGUGCACCCGCUGCCUGGCGGAGAUCACUUUCAAGACAGACCCCGAGAACACGGACUACACCAUGGAGCACGGAGCCACCAGGAACUUCCAGGCCGAGAAGCUGCUGGAGGAGGAGGAGAAGCGAGUGCAGAAGGAGCGGGAGGAUGAGGAGCUGAACAACCCCAUGAAGGUGUUGGAGAACCGCACCAAGGACUCCAAGCUGGAGAUGGAGGUGCUGGAGAACCUGCAGGAGCUGAAGGACCUGAACCAGCGGCAGGCGCACGUGGACUUCGAGGCCAUGCUGCGGCGGCACCGCCUGUCCGAGGAGGAGCGUCGGCAGCGGCAGCAGGAGGAGGACGAGCGGGAGACGGCGGCCUUGCUGGAGGAAGCUCGGAGGCGGAGGCUGCUGGAGGACUCUGACUCGGAGGACGAGGCUACGCCCACCGCGCCCCGGCCCGCGCCCCGGCCGGCGCCCACCGCCAUCCUGCACGAGGCCCCAAAGGCCAAGAGGAAGGCAGAGACCCUGGGCAGCAGGGCCCAGCUGUCGGGCCUGGUUGUGGUGAAGAAGACCAAGACUGAGACGGACGGGCGCUCGGGGCGGGGACCCGCACCCAGCCCAGGCGCCCCGGAGAGCGAGAAGACUGCAGACCCUGCAGCCCGAGCACCUGGCGCCUCCUCCCUGAGCCAGCUGGGCGCGUAUGGGGACAGUGGAGACAGCGAUGGCAGCGACUGAGCGCGCCACCCAGGCCGAGGGGCAUCACCGCUCUGCUUCAGCCAUGCCCGAGGCAGGAGGCCAGGGCCGGGCCUCCCCACGACGUGAGCCCUGAGCAGCAAGCACCAGCCUCGCCCAGGCCAAGUGCCCGCGGUGCUCCGGGGACUCGGCUUCUCUGCCGUCCGCAGCGGCUCGGCAGCACCCCAGCCCCAACUCCUUCCCACCUGACACGGGGUCCAAGGGUUGAGCCUCCUGCAGCAGGCCAGUUCCGCACGGCCUCCUGCCCACUUGCUGGACCGUCCUGGAGACGUCGGCCAUGUCCUGAGCCUGUUCUUCCCUACUUGGCUCCAUCCCUCCCCCACAAGACUGUCUAGAACCAAUAAAAGGGCCUAGCCUCACUGGCCAGGCACCCUUAGGAGGGGAUUUGGGCUGAGGCCUCAGCACCAAGCUGAGAGUUUGGGGCUUUGCAACCACAGUGCAGCAUUGUUUGUGCCAGAAUUCAGCCACUUAGUCUAUUUUCAUCUAUAACACAGUGCCUGAGGUUGGGUCCUUUAUAAAGAAAGAAGGUUUAUGUAGCUCACAGUUCCUGGAGAUUCCCAGGCAUGGUGCUGGUAUUGGCUGGGCUCUGGCAAGGGUGCCCUUGACUGCAUCACCUGGCAUGUGGCAUCGCGUGUGGCGGGAAUAUGUGCCAGAGGGAUAGGUCACACGGUGAGACAGGAAGCAGGGGUGGGGAGGGACAGGCUCACUCUUGUGACCCAGGUUUUCGAGAACUAACGGGUCCUGUGAGAAGACCUCAUUCCUUCCAAGGACAGCAGCCCUGUGACCAGCCACCUCCCUCUUCCCUGCCCGGGAAGCUUCCAGCACGUGAGCCACGUCCCUCCUGGGGACAUCGGGUGUCGCCGUUGUUCAGAGGCGCAGUGGUGGGCAGGCUUCCUCUUGAAUCAACGUGGGCACGUGUCCUCCCGGACCUACAGAAGUGAACCUGCGGCUGGAAGGAGGCGCUUGAGGGCCGCCGGGCGCCCGGGGUGGAGUGUGGGCCAGAGGCGGGGCGGCGGCACGCGGGCGCCCCAGGUUCACCCCGGCAGCACAGAGGGAGGAGAGAGAGGCCAAGUCCUGACCCCAGGGCCUGCCGGGGUCUCCUCCUCACCAAGCCAGGGCCUGGGCUCCCGGGCGGCCUCUGCAAGUGAGUGCCUGUGUGGCGAGGGAGGGACGGUCCCUGAGAGAGGGGGCACCAGGACUGGGGUGCAAAGCAGCGCUGCCAGAUUCUUCCUGGGAAACCGCCGCAGGACCAGCCGGGGCGCCCUAUGAGGCCCCGCUGACGGUGGCAGCUGGUGACGGUCAGCGGGUGGGGCAGUGUCAGGCUGGCAGCUGAACGUGGCCAUGGAGGGCAGGACCUGCCAGUGAGCUGAGAUUCCAGUGGCUCCCGCCCCGGCCGCCUCCCUAGACCUGGCUUGGAACCAGCCUCCUGCUUGGUUCUCCUGUUGUUCUGGCUCUGAGGGGUUGUACUGGGGCGCUCCACCACCGAGCCACAUCCUCAGCCCUUUUUGAAAUUUUUAGUUUGAGACAGGGUCUCGCCAAGUUGCCGAGAUUCUCACUAAGCUGGUGAGGCUGGCCUCAAAUUUGCGAUCCUCCUAUCUCAGCCUCCUGAGUUGCUGGGAUUGUAGAUGUGCGCCUGGCUUCUCUGGUUUCUUUUGAUUUAUUCACUUGGACUGUUUCUUAAACUUCCAUCAUCCCCAGCUACCUUAACUUUUGCCAAGUUCAUCUGUUACCAUUAUUUAUCUAACAGCAUUAGAUUUUAGCCUGACCAUAUUCUAAACUACAAAAUUUUAAAAAAUAGAAACAACACAUAUAAAAAUGUAGUAUAAUGGAAUUAAUAUAAACAUAAAAAGGAUUUUGUACAAUGUAUUUUUAUCAUAUUAGGUACAAUAAUAAAAUAAAUCAAAUAAUUGCAACAACAAUCCAUAGGCAAAAUCUGGCCCUGGGUCUGUUGUGUUUUUGUUGCCAGGGACUGAACCCAGGGGCACUUGACCACUGAGCCACAUCCCAGCCCUUUUUUUUUUUCUUUUUCUUUUUAUGUUUUUUGCAUUUUUUUCUCACUGAGUUGCUUAGCACCUCACUAAUUUGCUGAGGCUGACUUUGAACUCCAAAUCCUCCUGCCUCAGCCUCCCGAGCUGCUGGGGAUUAUGGGUGUGGCCCCGGUGCCAGCUCCUUAGCCUGUUUUUAGAGUACUCCUGGCACACUACGUGCCCACUCGUGUGCUCACCAUUUCUGGCAGCUUUGGGCCACAGGGCUAGAGUUGAGAAAUUGCAAUGGAGACCCUGUGCCCCGAAAACCGGCAGAUAUUUUACUGUCAGGUCAGCCAGCUCCACAGUUCUCAGGGGCAGGAGUUCACAAGACACCCAGCCCUGUCCCUAGGCCCACACUCUUCCCGCAGCUCCCCAGCUGUUGCCACCUGAGGACAAGGCCCAGCCCUGCUCCUCCGCCAUAAGGUGAUGGCCAGGUUAAGCAGAGGAUUCGUUCAGAGAGCAGUUCCAGCAGCAGAGUUCCUGCAGGACCUGCCACUUGCGAGCCCUUGGGCUAAACGGCCUAUACAAACUCUCUCCCUUCUGGUUUGAGCCCUCCCACCCGCUCAAAUGUGUUUUUUGAGCACCUACUGAAUACCAGGUUCUGGUCUAGGCCCCCGGCCACAGCAGUGAAAACAGGCCCAGCCCCGCCGUAGAGUGACUCUCUUUUGGGAGACGGUGGUAAGAGAUCAAGCUGGGCACCUGUGCACCUGUCACCCCAGCCACCGGGGAGGCCCAGGCAGGAAGACGCCAAGUCCCAGGCCACCUGGGCAACUCAGUGAGGUCCUGUCUCAAAGUAUAAUAGAGAACUGCGGCAGCAUCCAGUGAGGACGUGUGGGGCCUCCAUCCCCAGUACUGCAAGUCAAACAAAUAAGGCAGAAACAAUAGAUAUUAAUGAAAUGCAAUAUGGCGAAUAACAAGUAUA